UGGCCGGGGGCGGAGUCAGCCGAGCUCCUCCCCCGGUCUGGGCCCGCACUGCGCCCCACGGCACGCCCACCCCCCCUUCCCAGCUCUCGGCCCCUCCCCCAAUCUCGGCCCCGCCCACUUUCCCGCAGUUCACUGGGUCUCGCUACUACCGCUUUGGAUUCCUUUGGGUUCUUGCCCAUUCCCCGAAGUUCCCGGAAAACAGGAACCACUCAUAAUAGUCAGAAGUGAAGAAAGCCUUAAAGGGACUGACUAAUCCAGUCCCUUUUACGCUAUUGGAAGGCCAAGGAGGAAAAAUGACUGACCCAAGCACAUUCCUACCAAAACAAUUGUUGGAGAAAGACAAGGGCUUUCCUUUUUAACAAUGGAAAACAUGCCACUCAGAGUGCUGUAGACGUGUGAGGGACUUCGAAGAGGGGAGGAAUGAGGGGAAGGGCGAUAGGAGCUGUGUUGUGCACAUACGCACACACACCCUAUCUCGGUGGUCCCAGUUCCAGCCUUCAGUACUCUCCCCAGGGGCUGCCCUGGGAUUCUGGCUGUAGCCCUCCUAUCGGGCUGCUGCAUCUCUCCUCUCCCUCCCAGAGCCCAACUGCUGUCAUUUUGUGCCCUGCCAAGGAGGAGGGAACUGCAGCGACAGCAGGAGUGAGAAACAGGACAGAGUUGUGGUACACAGAGAGGUAUGGAGAGGGAGACGCUGAGACCAGGUGACAGUGAGAUGCCGUGAGAAGGCUGAGAAGCAGGGUUAGGAGAGUUGAGAGUCUGAGGAAGAGCAGAAACUGAAAGGAUCAGAAAGGCGGACAAGAAGACAGGAGGACUUGUGAGUCAGAGCCGCUCAGCCAUGCUGGGAGCAAAGCAGCACUGGCUACCACGUCUCUGGCUAUCAGGUCUCACACUCAACUCCAGAUUGUCCAUGGCCCUGAUGAUUCUGGCCCUGGGGACCGCAUGGGCCCAGGAGGGAGCAGAGCCUGUCCUCCUGGAGGGCGAAUGCCUGGUGGUCUGUGAGCCAGGCAGAGCUGCUGCAGGGGGACCCGGAGGAGCAGCUCUGGGAGAAGCACCCCCUGGAAGAGUGGCAUUUGCUGCAGUCCGCAGCCACCACCAUGAGCCAGCAGGGGAGAUCGGCAACGGCACCAAUGGGGCCAUCUACUUUGACCAGGUCUUGGUGAACGAGGGCGGUGGCUUUGAUCGGGCCUCAGGCUCCUUCGUGGCCCCUGUCCGGGGUGUCUACAGCUUCCGGUUCCACGUGGUGAAGGUGUACAACCGCCAGACCGUCCAGGUGAGCUUGAUGCUGAACACCUGGCCUGUUAUCUCAGCCUUUGCCAAUGACCCUGACGUGACCCGAGAGGCAGCCACCAGCUCUGUGCUACUGCCCCUGGAUCCUGGGGACCGGGUAUCUCUGCGCCUACGUCGAGGGAACCUCCUGGGUGGCUGGAAAUAUUCAAGCUUCUCUGGCUUCCUCAUCUUUCCACUCUGAGAGUUCAUGCCUUUCAAGGACAGGAAUCUAGCCCCUGAUCUCUGGCCUAUGCCCUCUCCUGCCCCCAAAGCAACAUCUUUGAGGUCAGAGAGAGGUUCCCUUUGGCUGCUUGUAUUUCACCUUCUUGCAUGGGACGCUGUACCAAACACCUAAGGUAAUGUGCAGAGCUGUGUUGUCCCCAGACCUGGCUCCACAGCUCUGUCCCAUUACCAAACACCUAAGGUAAUGAGCAGAGCUGUGGUGUCCCCAGACCUGGCUCCUCUUAGCCCCUCCCCCUUCCCAAAUGCCUCAGUCUCUCACUGCAUCUCUUUGUGUGUAGCCCUGGGAUGAGGGCAGGAUUUGGCAGGUAAAGAGCCCUGCCAUACUUUGCAAACUUUGCUCUUCCUUCUUCCACCCCACCCCCAGCUUCUAGCUCAGAGCUACUUGGAAACAGGUGGACAGGUGAGCCUGACAGGCCCCCACAAGGGCCCAGAUGGACCAGGCUCAGCAUGCCCUGCAGGCUCCUUCCUGUGAGGAGUGCCAGCAUCGUGGAUGUCGGCCAGCACAGUCGGGAUCUGAGCCAGCCCAUAUGGACUACGGAGGGAGGCUCAGCCACCAGUACAAGUGUGGGGAGGGCCACUGAGCAGCCCAGAGCCUAUAGCUGAUAGGACAGGAAGGGAACAAGUGAUCAGCCUGAGUAAGGUACACAUUUUUCAUGUACAUUGGGGCAACUAGCAGGCAGUGAACCUGGGUGUUCAUCUGUACCAGGUUCCAAAUGGACUCUGGCUCUCACUUCUCCAGCUGAGACAUGGGGUGUGUAUGUUUGUUUGUACCAGCUGAGAGCAGGUAUAUGGCACUUCCUUGGGCAGCUGUAGGUAGAAGGUCACAUGUGGGCAAGUGUAAAUGUCCAGGCAUGGAACCCAUCAAUGCCCACGGCCACCUUCUAAAAGAGUUCCACCUUUGCAGUCUGCACUUCGAUCGCCCCCUGCUCUGACCACCACCUCCCUCCCCCAGCUCUCAGUUACCUGCAGCGAACCUGUUCUAGACUGUCCCACCACCUCUCUUCUCUCUCCUGAUCUGUGCUGUCUUAAACUUUCUAUUACCGUGAAUCCAAUCAUUCAUCCCUUCAACCAAUCUCCUGCCAGUAUUAUAACCUCUCUUACCUCCCUGUCCCAUUGGCCCAGCAUGGGUGACUCAAUCAAUAAAGCAACUAGAGAAUUAUGGUUGAUGAGACAUUAUCAGAUCACUCAAGACAGAAGAUGCCAUUAGAAUUUAAGUCAGAAUACCACCAGGUAUGUUGUAGAAACUAUACAACUGUACAUUAGAGUCAAAUAAAAAAAGGAUUUAGUAAUGCUUGAGUUAAGUAGGAAAUAUCAAUGUAAAUUUGUGGUUUUCAAAAGAAACAAUUUUUCAAACUAUCACUAAAGUAGCAUAGAAACAACAUUAGGAGAAAUUCUGACGGGCAUUCUUAGCACCUGGAUCUUUAUCUCAAACAUUAUUCACCUUUAAAAGGACCCAGGGUUCCUUGGAGAAUAGCUCCAUGUCUCAAAUAAUUCUAGGCCUGGAACAUGUUGUUGAUGACAAUAAGCAAGGAUACUUUUCUAAAUGAAUAGGGGAGAGUGAGAAGGAAAGGGGACCAAUUUUAAAGACUCCCAUUCUGUGGCAAUUUGGUAAUCAAAAGGAAAAUAAUGUACUUAAUUGGAACAAGGUGAUUUUUUAAAAUUUAUGACUCUAGUGAUACUCCAAAAGAAAACAGUCACUAUGAAGCAUACAAAAAGGCCAUUCAUAUGCUGAGUGAAGCAUAAUGAAUAUAUUGGAUAUUUUUAGUUAAUUUUGAUAAAUAGAAGAGUAUAAAUAUAGUAGGUAUUUUAACUAUUCAUAAGGUACACUUACUUCUCCUUGUCUGUGUAAGCAGAGAGGGGUGGAUACAGAGAGCUGUGAGUAAUUCCAGAAAAACAUUGGAACCGUACCAAGAGUGAAAGAGACUGAUUGGCACCAUCUGGCCAUAUAUUACAGCUAGGAAGAAAGAAAGCCUGACAGAUAACUGCUUGCUGCUCAAACUUGAUCCUUCAUCUCUUGGGAAAGGGAGCCUCUGUAUUACCUACUAAUUAAAAUGAGAUUACAAUAACAGUAAAGCCCAAAAUAAGAAUGGCUUACAUAAGGUAGAAGAUUAUUUCUGUCUCAUAUAGAAGAAUCUACAGACAGAGUCCAGGGAUGUAUGGCAGUGCUUUUGGGUCCCUGUAUUCAAUUCUAAUGUGCGUGUGUGGACGGGAGGGAGUGCUUUCCACAAAAUACCGAGCAAUGCUCAGACACCGGCAGGACGUCCAAGAUUUUGACUCAAUUCAACACAGUUCUGACACUACCUGCCUGGAUUUUGCAUCAGAUUCCACAGGUUAAGGAUUCGCCCUACGCCCCAACCCUCUUCACUUCAGACCCCAGCAGAAAACCCAGGCUGUUAAAUGUACUUCCGAUCAACUGCCUAUAGAUUGGAGGUUCCAGCGAGCCCCUGUCCUUGGCAACUCAGUUCAAACACCAGUUUCAAGUCCAGGCUGUUCCCUGUGCCUCAGAUUGACUGGCUGGGUUCCAGUGGUAAAAUAAAAAAUUUUAACUUCCCUAGUUGGGUUUUUCAAAAGAAAGGAUUUAUUAGGCCAUUGCAAGAAGAAGAAGAAGAGGAGGAAGAGGAAGAGGAAGAGGAAGAAGACAAUGACUGGAUGUCAACAACUGGUCUCCGGGUGUGGAAUCUAAACCACUGCAUGGCUAAGUACAAAAGUUAACAUGUCUGACGUCCAGGAGUUUUGCAAGUGUUUUUUACAUCGGGUAUGGGGGAGAAAGCUGUAAGCUCAUUCUGAAAGAAUUUACGUUCACUCUGCACAAAGGACUUGGGGAAGGCGAAGAGGGGCUAGUUCUGGAAGGGGUGCAAGAAUCUGUAAAGCUCAAGUGCAAAGAAGAAACGAAGGCUCCUGGGGUUUGAUGGUGCCCCACUAUUCUCUCUUGAAUAAUCACAGAAAUAGCUAUCUGGAAAUCAAUCCUAAAUUCCAACAGAUGUACAAGAAUGUGAGCAGUCUUUUGUCAUACAGCAAUUAACAGGAAUUGCACUGUCUCUUUCCCUCACUCUCUGGCACUGUAGCUUUAAUUUAGACUGUCUCAGAAUUUUUCCCUUGUCACCCCCUCCUUGGGUUCAAUUACUUUGCUAGAGAGGCUCAUAGAACUCAGAGAACCAUGUUACUUGCUACAUCACCAGUUUAUUAUAAAAGACUCAGGAACAGCCAUAUGGAAGAGAUGCACAGAGCAAGGCCCAGGGAAAGGGCACGGAGAUUCCAUACCCUCUCCAGGUGCUACUCCCUCAGAUCACGUGCUCACCAACCCGGAAGCUGUCUGAACCCUGUCCUUUUGGGAUUUUAUGAAGGCUUCAUUACAGAGGCACGUUUAAUUAGAUCAUCGGCAGUUGAUUCAACUUCUAGCCCCGUUCCCCUCCCCAAAGGUGGGAUGAGUGUGUGAUGGGACUGAAAGUUCCAACCAUCCUUUAGUUGACUCCAUCGACAACCAGCCCCCAUCUCUAAGUGCUUUCCAAAGUCACUUCAUUAAAUAACAGAAGACACCUUUUUCGGUCUCAACACUUAGGAAAUUCCACGGCUUUCAGGAACUGUGAUCCCAGAAUUGUGGAAGAAGACCAAAUAUAUAUGAGAAAUAUAUUUUGGACAUCUGAAUGGCCAAGUACAUCUUUCUUAUAAAUCAGAAUAUUGUAGUAGUUUUAUGAGCAUCACAGACCAAUUUCCCUUCCCUGUGUUUACUUACCGUCUGUAUCCCAUCACCUCCUGACAGGAUGGCUCCUUGAUUUCAGCCAUUAUAUGGUGAGCCUUACAGCCCCAGGAAGGAGUAAAAAGAAAAGAAAGGCCACACCCCUUUUCUUUAAGGAGACCUCCUGAAAGUGCACCUCACAUUUCCGACUGCAUCUCAUUGGCUGGAAUAGUAGUUUAACACAACACCCACCUGUCUCACAGUUUCUGCGGGUCAGAAGUCCAGCAGGGCACGAUGGGAUUCUCCACUCAGAGUUCCCGACACCAAACACAAGGUGGGGCAGGACAGCCUCUCUUCCUGAAGUGUGACAGUCUACUUCCACGCUCAUUCAGAACUCAGCUCCUGAUGGUGGGAGGGGAGCAGAGUUCGCAACCCCAACAUAUGCCUGUUUGGAAUAUUGAUUAUUUUAGGCUGACUAAUUUUAAGAGCCAACCGACUUGGGAGAAGCUCUGGAAACCAAGAGUAAGUUACUCUCUGUAAAGGACAUUUACAUUCGUAAGGGAAGCCUCCAUCUUUAAGGCUGUUUAUCUCACUAUACCAGCCUGCCUUCACUAUCAGUGGAGGAGGCCCUGGACUGAACUCUGCACGACGACCUUACCUUUGUUUACUGUGCUUUUCCUGGUAACCUCCCAUAACUGAUUCUCCCUGGCCAACAUCUCCACCUUCAGCUGAUGUGGUAUGACAAGGUGAUGGCAUCCACCCUAUUGGCAAGUUAAUUCAGUCUUCCUGGGGCUCCCCCAUGUAUAUAGGAGGUA